AUGGAAGAGUUCUUGAAUCUGUUAUCUAGGCAAGUUUUACAUGAGCAAUUCAAAGAUAACCUCAUUUGGAGCAGAAACAUCAGCGGGAAUUAUGCCACUAAAUCCUUUUGCCACGCAGUCCUAAUGCAAAACAACGUUAGUUCUAAUGUGUGGAAGGAGUUAUGGGAAGGAUUGGCUCCCCAUAAAGUGGAGUGCUUCUGCUGGCAAUUAUUGAAAGGGAGGCUGGCGUAUUGGUGCUGUGGAUUCUGGAAUGUUAAAUGGGUUAUGCAUGAAAACCCAAUUAUUUGUUUCCAAUCGUGGUGUGAAUUGGGGAGUGGCCUGAAAAACGGGAAGGUGUGGAAAAUGGCUUUUCACGCCAUUGACUGGUCCAUUUGGCUUUCCCCUAGUGAAAUGGUGUUCAAAGGUAAGAUGUGGAAUAGCGAGGAGACUUUCGGGUUAAUUAAAUUGAGACUUGCAUGGUGGGUGAAGGCCAAGUGGCCUCAACUUAACCUUUUUGUUCCAGACUUAAUUAGGGAUCCUAGAUGUGGUGGGAUGCCCGGGGAGGCUGGAAUGGGGGGCGUCCUCAGGACUGACAAAGGCAGCAUGCUGCUUAUUUUCUCUAAAUCUGUGGGAGUGACGGACUCUAAUGCUGCUGAACUGAUGGCUCUCUUGGAAGGUUUUCAGAUCAUUGCAGCUCUGAUUGGGCAAGAACAAAACAUUAGUUUUGAAAGUGAUUCCUAUAAUGCUGCCACAUGGGUGUUAAACUCCCAGCAGGUGCCGUGGAGACUAAGAAGCUUAGUCAUGAAGAUUGAAAGGCUCAAAUCUAAGAUAGGGAGUUGGAUCGUGAGGAAAGUGCCACGAUCUGCAAAUACAGUGGCAGAUAAUCUUGCAAAAACUGGAAUAAGAAGGCAAAGUGACUUGAUGUGGGUUAUAGGGGACGAUGUUGUUGUUGAUAGUACAGGAGAUGAAUUAGCUUUUCUCACACGAAGUGUGUGUUGCUAA